AUGAACAUGAAAAAGAGGUUGACUCUCCGAAAAAGAAAGUUAAAAGGAAUGAACCAUUCCGAUCGUCUUUUGACUAGAAGAAUGGUAGUUUUUUUUUCACAACCAGUUGUUAUUGACACCCGUAAUCAGCAAAAACUCUUGGCUGAUCAGCCCUGGGAAAUUUACUGCCCUCUCAAGAAUCGAACCAGUUUGAACGAAGAUGAGGGAUAUUCUCGUCCCCUAUACCAGCACUCAACCUUUUAUCGAAUUGUCCUGCCAUGUCCUCACCAAGCAACUGCAGAAAUAGAAAAGUGGCAUCGUAUUCGUCUUGAACUAGUCAAUGAGUUUGGACUGUCUCUGUUUGGAGCACAAGCAACAGAAUGUGCCUUGGAAUUAAGAUGCGAGCUUCUAAGCCAAAAUAUUGACAGCAAAAAUUGGCAACAUGACACAGAACACAGUAUACAUAUACGACCAAUACAGGCCGAUAGAUGGGACAUACUUAAUAACCAGACAAUUAAGUGGCCAGGGUUCUUUGGCGGAGGACAUGGCGGAUUUGAAUACAUAAUCAGAAAUGUAUCUGGCAAACAGAGACACUUGACAAAAACAAAAUAUGUGUUGCAUUGUAUACCUACCAACAACACAAAACAAACGGUGGAUGCACUAUCUUUGGCGGUGCCGAUUUCACUAUCUAAUAAUUCCUUGACUGGUUAUAACUGGCAAGAAUCGGGCCACGAAUACUCAAAAGUGGAUAUGGGAAGAGCAUUUAUGCUUGAUCCAAGAUUGACAAGGGCCAAAAAGGAUAUAUUCUGUAUGAUACGAGAAGUAUGGGACGCAGGUACUCCAGGAAAGCUGUGGGAUUCUGCACUUGUUAUUGCAGAUCUAAUAGCUAACCGCCUCAAACAGCAACCGAGAUGUUUAGAGAAGUGCCACGUUGUGGAUCUCAGUGCAGGGACAGGAUGUGUUGGUCUUUUGAUCAAAGCGAUGUGCCGUUCAAUGGGAAACAGGGGGCCUAAGAUGACCCUGACAGAUCUGCCAGAAGCACUGGGACUGAUACGUAGAAACUACAGACUAAACCAAUCUGGUAUUGAUGACCAGGUACAAAUAGAGCAGCUGCGGUGGGGGGUUGAAGCGGAUGCACGGCGGGUGACAGCCAAGGCCCAGGUUGAUAUUGUGCUUGCAUCGGAUGUAUUGUAUGUUCCCCACGCAUUCGAAUCUUUGAUUGCUACGCUAUACCAUCUCAGUACUUCUCACCGAACAGUUGUCUAUUUGGCGUAUAAGAGACGAGAACUUCGCGACUGUGACGAAGCACGCUUCUUCAAUAGAUGCUCCCAAUACUUUCACAUCAACCUUGUCCAGGACUUGUCUCAAAUGAGCCCACCUGUCUAUUGGGAGCAAAGAUUUGGUCCUCUAUUAUCACUGAGCCCUCUUGAGAUAUGGUUUUCGCGCCAUCUUACUCAUGCUAACCAGCAGGGGCAUGUUCAAGUCUAUCGGCUUGUUAAGAAACCUGCUCUGUUUGAUUCACCUAAAUUUAGGCAAACAUAG